UUUCAGUCGAUGAGGUGGCGCUGGUACAGCAUUACGGGUUUGCUACGACAACAACAACAUUUACAACAUCAAUUAAGAAGAUGUUCAAAUGAUACCACGAGAGCAAACCUACAUAUUUGUUAUCAAAAUGGUUUACCAAUGAUCGAGAUACCAUUACCGUCGAGAAGAGAAAUGUGUCAAUUCACUCUGAAACCCAUUAGCGAUACUAUAGCUCGCUUUUGCAAAAAUAUCGAAUGCGAAGAUAAAGGCAUAGAAAUCGUGUAUAUUUAUUCAACAAGUGGUAAUAGAAUUGCCGGAAGUACUUCAGUACAGCAUUUAUUGUUGCGAGGCAAUUUCAAACUACGCAUCAAUGAUUUCAUUUAUACUGUUGAAGUACCGUCUUCAAUAGAUACCAUUGCGGAUAUUAAGACGGAUAGCGACGCAGUGCAGAAAUUGGAUGAAUUGAGAUCAACAUUAGCGUCGUUAUACGCCAUCAUGAAUGUAGAAGAGUAUAAAGCAUUCCGGGAGCGAGUACUUAUGGAAGAGUAUGAAAAUGUGAAGGCGGAACUUAAACCGCUAAUUCAAGCGAAAUUUGAAAUUGAUGAAUUCUGCAGAAAACGUGCGCAACGAAUACUAUGGUUAAUAUUGGCAGCAAUGGGAUUUCAAGCAGGAUUUCUCGCUCGAUUGACGUGGUGGGAAUAUAGCUGGGAUAUCAUGGAACCUAUUACAUAUUUUGCAACACACGCUACACUCAUUGCAUCAUUCACAUAUUAUUUAUAUACCAAUCAGGUGCAUUUGCUCAUACUUUUUAAAGACUCAUCAGCAAUGUUGGCUACCUCUGAAUAAAGAAAUGAUACAGUUUGAGAAAUUAAACUUCAUUCCACUGUCCUGUUCCUUGUGCUGUGGAACAGUGAAAAGCUUUUUUCUGUGGUAGUGGGUAAGUUCAUAUUCGGUCAAGCAAUUCCAAUGGCAGAAAUAGAAUAUUGCUGCAGUCCAUCAUUUUUCAGUAUUACGGUCAUAAUGAUCAUAAAAGAAGAGCGAUGAGCUUGUACUUUUAUAAAGAAGCGGCAAAAAGCAAUUUUGACAUAUCUAGGUUUAACGAGCUACAGAAUGUGGCAAGUUCUCUAAAGCAUGACCUGAAAAGACUUCGAGAUCCGCUGUAUCAGCACUUGCCUGCUACAAGGUUGGCAUCUUUGCUACGAGGAAGUAAGAAAGUACGACCCAGAAGCUUUGAAAAGAAACAAAUUUGAUCCUAAGUAAAUUUUAUUAAACCAUUAUAUUACUUCUUGUAUGUAUGUCAUUCUAAGAUUGCCUACUGCAAAUUAAUGAGUACUUUCUAAAGGCAACUUUGAAUUUUUUUUUGGGAAUGUACCG